GGGGUCAGCGCGCAGCGCGGCGCGGUUCGGCCGCCUCCGGGAGCGGCGCCGCGGCUCUCAGCGAUACCCGCCGGGUCGGCCGGGACCGCGCCUCACCGUAACGGGGGUUCCCUGAACGCGGAGCGCAGCAGGUGCAGCAAGCGGGUCGGCCAUGGCACUGCGCAGGACUGGGCCCAGCUUAGUGGCUGCCUGGGGCCCUGACAGCCACGUGUGGAGCAACAGUGCUGGAGUGAUGGACUGAACCCAUGGGAGGAAGCAGCACCUGUCCAGGUGGGGGCCUGGCAGCCUACUGGGAGGCGUGAAGGCCCGUUCCAGCAGGGGCAUGGCCAAAGUGUUCUUCAGGCUGCAGAAGUUCCUUAGACGGACCCAGUUUCUGCUUUUUUUCCUGACUGCUGCAUACCUCAUGGCUGGCAGCCUCCUGCUGCUGCAGCGCACCCGCCUAGCAGCCCAGCAGGGACCACGUGGGGCCUCAGGCCUGGCGCUGCCAGAGCCAGAAGUGGGGCUGGGGGCCAGGUCCGCAAACCCUCACCUGGUGCAGAGCCCUGGUGCCCAGCUCCCUGUGGGAAUGGACACGCUGCCAGAGGUGGAACUGCGGCACAGCCCACGCUGGCUGGCGUCCCGCAACUCGGAGCUGAGGUGGCUGCGGAGGAGGUGGUUCCACAGGUUCAUUGGUGACCAGCAGCCCAUGCAGACAGCGGGACUGAGAGCCAUGCGGGGUACCGCCGAGCACAAAGGCACCUACGUGGGCUGCUUCAGCGAUGACUCAAGGGAGAGGACGCUGAAGGGAGCUGUGUUCUACGACUUAAGAAAAAUGACAGUGGCUCACUGUCAGGAGGCAUGUGCUGAGAGGGCCUAUACCUACGCGGGUCUGGCGUAUGGAGCAGAGUGUUACUGUGGGAACAAGCUCCCAGCCACUGCCUCCAGGCCUGAGGAGUGCAACAGCGAGUGCAAGGGUGAGAAGGGCUCGGUGUGCGGCGGAGUGAACCGGCUGUCGGUCUACAGGGUGGAGGAGCUGCAGGCGGCAGCACCACGACGGAGGAAUGUUAUCUAUCGAGGAUGUUUUAGAGCUCCAGAAAAUUUAACAGACACCUUUCCAGCCUCUUUGAUACAGCCCAAUUUGACGGUGGAGAUGUGCUCUGAAUUUUGCUCCAAGAAAGAGUUUCCCUUGGCAGUGAUCCGGGGGCGGGAGUGCUACUGCGGGUACCCCACGGGGCGCUUCCCACUGCGGCACGGCGCAGACAGGCGGCUCUGCAGCGGGAUGCCCAACGCCAGCAGCGCUGCCGCGGGGGGGUACUGCCUGGCCUACCAGACACCGGUGCAAGACACCCGCUGCACAGACAGGAAAUUCUUAACCACAAAAUCCAAAGGGUUCAUUGCUUUGUCAAGCUUCCCAGGGGCUGGCAACACAUGGGCUCGCCAUUUGAUUGAGCAUGCCACGGGCUACUACACGGGCAGCUAUUACUUCGAUGGAGCCCUCUACAACAAAGGCUUUAAAGGAGAAAAAGACCACUGGCGAAGUAGACGGACCAUCUGUGUGAAAACACAUGAAAGUGGCAAGACGGAGAUUGAAAUGUUUGACUCUGCUAUCCUGUUGAUACGGAACCCGUACAAAUCACUCAUGGCCGAGUUCAACAGGAAAUUUGCUGGGCACCUGGGCUAUGCUGCGGACCGCAACUGGAAGAGCAAAGAGUGGCCAGAUUUCGUGAACAGCUAUGCCUCCUGGUGGGCCUCCCACGUCCUGGACUGGCUGAAGUACGGAAAACGUCUGCUUGUCAUCCACUACGAGGACCUGAAACAAAGCCUCAUUCCCAAGCUGAAGGAGAUGGUGGAGUUCUUGAACAUAACAGUGACGGAGGACCGGCUUCUCUGUGUCGAGAAUAACAGGGACGGGAACUUUAAGCGGUCUGGUGCUAAGCAAAAGGAUUUUGAGCCAUUCACCCAGGAAAUGAAAGAGCUUAUCAACAGAUACAUCCUGACAGUGGAUGAGGCCCUGAGGGGAAGAAACUUCACAGGGCUGCCCAGAGAGUAUGUGCCAAGAUGAUAGCAUGGUAGCACUCAACUGUGCUCAAAAAUAAUUUUUUAAAGAAAAAAAAAAAAAGACUAGACCUUUAUAGCAGCUAAAGCAAAGAUACUUGGGGAGUCUGCUGAGCAGUGCAAAUUCUCUCCACUCUGGGGUGUUCUUCAGGGCACUAAGUGUUCCAAAAGGCAAGCAGCAGAGGAUAGAAUUUGGGUGACAGACCGAGGCUGAGCCACCAGCAUCUGCCUACACAUGCUCCUCUGCACAUAGCCAGAGCCUCACCGCUCCUGACUGCUGGGGAUUUCAUAGCUACCAGUUUGGAAACGGGCAUAUGUAAAGGGAGGAAAAGCGUGGCAACACCGAUAAACAAUUUUCAUCUGAGCACUUAAGAAAAUCUGUUUCUUUCUCCUCAGCAUGGCCCAUGGCUUCCCUCAGCAGGGCCACUGGUGCGGCCUCGGCCUGGCCCCACGCUCUCCACCGGGCGCAGCCGUGAUGGAACAGAGGUCCAAGCUGGCACUCACUGCCCCUGUGCCAGGCAUUCUGCUGGGGAGCACCCAGUCAGCAGCACAGCCAGAGGGGCUGAGGCACUUCUGUUCAUGUGAAAUAAGGGAUUAAAACUAAAAUAUUAGUUUUAAUAAAACAAGAAGUUUGUAUAAAGGGA